AUGACGACGAGUACGGCUCGUCUUCAUUACCUCUCCUUCAGGCAGUCGCACGAUUACCGAGGGGGGUGUUCAAAAGUGAUGAUGAAUAAAAGACCUCCUCUCGCGUCCUCGUCCGGUCGUCGUAAACUUCGUUAUUCAUCAUCAAACGGUUGCUCUUGUUCGGCGGCUUCGUCGAAUGUGGAAUUCGAUUACGUUUCCACUUCGAACGAGAACACCAUAAACACCACGAACGAUUUCACGCCGUCUCGAGGCAACGCCAUCGUCGUUGGCGCGGGGCCCGCGGGUGCUUUAACCGCGAUGAGUCUCGCCCGAGCUGGCUUUCAAGUGGACGUGUUCGAACGAAGAGGACCGAGUUCUCGUUUGCCUUCACAAGGGUUGGUGAAUACCGGCGUGGCGUCCUCGAGGACGUAUAACAUCGUUCUGAACCAAAGAGGCGUGGCGGCGCUGAGAAUGCACGGCGUGGACGUGGAUUCGUUUGGCGUGAAGUUAGCCGGGAGCGUGAGACACGAGCAGAAAGGAUUUAAACGACCGCUGAGGAAUCCGUUCUUUUUGUUCAACUUGAAGAAACGGACGAAGAUUGGGAACGUGACGAGUCGGUCGACGAACGCGUUCAGUGGGUCGAUUUCGAUUAACCGAAGCGUGUUAGCCGCGGAGAUUCAAAAAGCCGCCAUUGAACGAUAUCCGACGCAGAUUACGUUUCAUUACAACAAACAAAUUUUAGACGUACCGGGAGGGACUUCGAUUGAUUUGAAGAGCAAGAAAGUUGUUUUUGAACGUUUCGAAGGCGAAGACACGUGUCCGUUUUUGAGCGAAGACGAGGAUCCGAACGAGACGCGACGGUACGAUUUAUUAGUCGGCGCGGAUGGCGUGAACUCGGAAGUUCGCAGAGCGAUGGAGAUUUUCCACGACCAAACGUUUACGGUGAAGAAACACGUGGACGGCAUGCAAUAUAAAUCAGUCACGUUGCCGGUCAUCGGCGGAUGGAUUGGCGAAGAAGCGGCGGAGAAGUGGAAGAAAUCGUUCCACACUUGGCCGAGAGGUUUGAACUCGUUGUUAGCGCCGCCGAAUCCGGAUGGUACGUUGAGUGGUGUUGUCAUUUUGCCAUCGCUAGCAAUUAGUAAGAACGCGAAAUGGAGUUGGGAUAACAUCACGGCGCCGCAAGAAGUGCAGAAAAUGUUUACCGAACUCUUCCCGAACGCGUUUGGUGGCAUGUUGCCGCCGCAGAUUUCCACGUCCUUGGCGAAUCAGAAACCGGCAAACGGCGGAACGACUCUUUUUUGUAGCCACUUAGCGAUGCCUGAAUCAAACGUUGUUUUAGUUGGAGACGCAGGCCACGCGGUUUGGCCGUCUUUAGGACAAGGCGCGAACGUGGCUUUAGAGUCCGCGGCGUGUUUAGGCAUCGCUUUGGAAGAGAUCGAAGACACGAAAGAAGCCAUCGAGACGUUUGAUAAGUUGCGAAAACCGCAAACGGACGCGUGUGGAAGACUCUCCAUGGCUGGGUUUGGCGGGACGACAAAUAGAACUGCGGCGUCGUUUUGGUUUGUGUUACGCGUAUCGACGUUGAUGAUUUUAAGUAAACUCAUUCCGGCGUCGAAAGUGCCGAUCAUCGGGUUCGCGCCGCCGGCGAUUUUUAAUUUAGGUAGUCCUGAUUACACGUACGACGAGAUCGAACGGACCAUGCGCAUCGAAGGUUUGCGCUUAUCAUUCAUGGUGGUUUCGUUUUUUGUUUUGUUAGGUUUAAGCUUUUAUUACGGAGGGAUGCAACCGUUAGUGAAGAAAAGCUUAGCGUGGUUCUUGAGUGGACGUUUCUUUGGCGGAGGCGCGUAA